GUGGUGUUUUACGACGCCGAAGGCCGUAAAGCGGCGCGUGGUUCUUUUCCGGCUGCUGCAGUGGUCGAGGAAGAAGGGCCCGAGACCGCCUCGUGUGUGUGCGUGGGGAGGGACGACUCCGGAGCCAAGGGGCGUCAGUCCCCACCCUCCCAGGCCUUCCCUCCGCCCGGUCUCGCGGGGACCCAGUCCCCCCCCCCCAGGAUGUUCAAAAAAUUUGAUGAAAAGGAGAAUGUAUCCAACUGCAUCCAGCUGAAAACAUCUGUUAUUAAAGGCAUUAAGAACCAACUGAUAGACCAGUUUCCUGGUAUUGAACCAUGGCUAAACCAAAUUAUGCCAAAGAAAGACCCUGUUAAGAUAGUACGAUGCCAUGAACAUAUAGAAAUCCUCACAGUAAAUGGUGAAUUGCUGUUCUUCAGGCAAAGAGAAGGGCCUUUUUAUCCCACACUGAGAUUACUUCAUAAAUAUCCAUUCAUUCUACCGCAUCAACAAGUUGAUAAAGGAGCCAUUAAAUUUGUACUUAGCGGAGCAAAUAUCAUGUGUCCAGGCCUGACGUCCCCAGGAGCUAAACUGUACCCUUCUGCCGGCGAUACGAUUGUGGCAAUAAUGGCCGAAGGAAAACAACAUGCACUGUGCGUUGGAGUCAUGAAGAUGUCAGCGGAAGAUAUAGAGAAAGUCAACAAAGGGAUUGGCAUUGAAAAUAUCCACUAUUUAAAUGAUGGCCUCUGGCACAUGAAAACAUACAAGUGAAGUGGCAGAAAGUGUGCAGCUCAUGGGAAUGCACUUCCUGUAGAUGUGGACUACUUUGUAAUUCUUCUGUUUUUAAUGUGACUGAAUGUACAAAUUUAUUUUGUUCAGUGGCUAAAUAAAUCAAAUGACUCCUGACA